GCUCCGGAUGACACUCGACAGAGAGCGCAUUUAUAGAGUGAAAGUACAUUAUCUACAUGUGUAAGUUAAACACUUGUGGAAAGGCGAGGUGUGCGCAGGUGGCCCUGAAUGGACGAUGUAAGAGCCGUAAUGACAGCGACAGUGGAUGCGUAGUGAACACGCCCGACUAUUGCGAGCAGCUCCGUUAUGAAUAUGAAUUUUAUUUUACAUCUCAUGCGUAACUAACUUUGAAGAGUUUUUUUUCUGCAACUUUAUCCUGUCAAAAGCUUACAGAAAGGACAAAAAUCAUAGAAAAGGGAUUGAAGGAUAACUCUGGUGCUUUGCAAACGUUUUCAUUUCCUUUUUUAAGUUUUUGGAGGAACUCUGCUAAGUGAUUUGGAUUAAAUUCAUCACCCUGUAUGACAGCAACCUGUGUAUGCGUAUUGUUUUAACUAAACGUCCUUUUGCGCACCACCUACGGAUAUAUUGGAGCAUUUUGGAUGCGCGCUGAAUGCGCACAUGGACACGUAAAAUGCGGAUUAUGGUGCCUUGGUGGCAGACUUUAAAAUGACGACUUUUGGCGAGCAGUUGGUGCGCUCAGAAUGGCCCGGGAGGAUUCAGUGAAGUGUCUGCGCUGUCUGCUCUACGCUCUCAACUUUCUCUUCUGGCUUAUGGCCCUGUGUGUGCUGGGAGUGGCCGCCUGCCUCAGGGAUCACCUGAACAAUGUGCUCACCUUAACCGCUGACACCAGACUGGAGGAGGCAGCCAUUCUCACGUACUCCCCCGUUGUCCAUCCGAUCGUCAUCGCCGUGUGCUGUUUUCUAAUCAUCGUGGCCAUGGUGGGCUACUGCGGCACGCUCAAGUGCAAUCUGCUCCUACUGUCUUGGUAUUUUGGCAGUCUGAUGGUGAUAUUUUGCGUGGAGCUGGCCAGCGGCGUAUGGACGUACGAUGAGCCUAUGGUACAGAGGUCUGAUAUGAUAAGUCUAAAAUCACGUAUGCCUCAUUUUGGCCUGCAACGCUACCAAUGGCUCACACAUGCGUGGAACUCAAUACAGACCGAGUUAAAGUGUUGUGGAGUGAUCUACUUCACCGAUUGGCUGGAGAUGACGGAGAUGGAGUGGCCACCGGACUCCUGCUGCUCCAAUCAGUAUCCAGGGUGUGCCCGCCACGCCCACUAUAAUGACCUCAGCGACCUUCAUCAGGAGGGUUGCGGUCCCAAGAUCUACAGUUUUAUCCGGGGUACCAAGCAGUUGCAAGUUUUAAGGUUUUUGGGCGUGUCUAUAGGAGUGGCCCAGAUUUUAGCCAUGACACUGACUGUCACACUCCUGUGGGCUCUUUAUUACGACCACAAACCACCGGAACCGGCGACCCCGGACCCUCACAGCCCCGGAGAGGAGGCCUUAAAGCCCAAUCACUCCCAUCCACGAGUGCCUGAGGCCUGGACAAACACGACCCCUAAUGGACACACCCAGAUUGAGAUGGAGCAGCUUUCCUAGUAGUCAAUCAAAUCAGACAGAUGCCAUUACACUGUGAAGAUGCUGUGAGGACGACACUGAAUGGAUGAGACAGCAGGGAAUUGGAGCAGAAAAUGGACACAUGGAAUAUUAAGCAGUUUUGCGUGCUGGAUGACAAGAUUGGUUGUAUAAGGAGUGAAGACACUUUUUCAUUGGCUGUACAUAUUACUAUAGAAAACUGUGGCUGUCCAAAACCAAAAACAGUUGCCUGACUAGACAAUCUGUGACUUAACAGACAUUGUUUUGUGUAUGAAGGUACCGACCGGCACAUAAUGAUCAACAACCUGAGCUUAGACAUAACCAAGCCAAUUUUGAAUGACUACCAAGGGUAAUCUUGAGCCAAAAUUGACUCACAAAAUGAGGACAAACUACUCUCUAGGAUGGGAUUUUUAUUUCUACCACUGAUCAAAUUGCACACACAGGAUUGUGGGAUAAAAUAGACAGUAACUCAUGCAUUUACAUUUAUGCAUAUGGCAAAUGUUUUUACCCAAAGCAACUUACAGUGCAUUCAAGAUAUACAUUUCCUUAAUCAGUGUUUGUGUGAUUGAAACCAUCAUCUUUGCAUUAUUGAUGCAAUGCUGUACCAGUUCAGCUACAAACAGAUUUUGAGUCAAAUUUUGAAAUGCAGUGCUGUCUUCUUACCUCUGUAUGUUGCCUGCAAAUGUAAGUUCUUGUACCUCAGGUUGUAAUAUCUCAAACAAACUAUGAGUGGAAAAUCAAAUUAAAUGUUUGCUUAAAUUUUCCUAUUCAAUGGACUAUUAAACAACAAGCUGCAAACCACUGAAACAGCAAUUACUUGUGCACAGAGACACACAGACAAGUAUGAAUGCAUGGACACAAUGUGUGGACACAAGCUUGAGUCGUAAUGAGUUUUCUGAUGAUGUUUUUUUCUGAUAGAAUGCAGUGCAAGCGUUUGUUCUUGAAGAUGCUUGUAUAUUUAUGUUCACAUCUUAAUUUAACAACACAGUUUUAGGAUUAUGUCACACUGGUGUGCUAAUUAUGGAAGGUUUUUUGACCCAUUUUAAAUGAAUUAAAUAAAUGAUUAAAUAAAAUGGCAAAAUAUGUCCCAAAAUUAAAAAUUUAAUGCUAAUAUAGAAAUUAAAACAUUAAAUUAUUUUAUUUUCAAGAUGAUAAUGUAUCUUCCCUGCCAAAUUGAAAAAUAAAAUGCAAUUAAUGAUUUGAUAUUUCAUUUACAAUCUCGAGGCAAAUGUGAAAAAAGAAGUAAAAAAUACAUUUUUAAAGGCAUUUUAUUAAUGCUU